AAAGGUUGUUCAUGAGUUGUGGCGACCAUAUUUUCUUGACGGAAGCCUUCCAGCCACCCGCCUCGCGGGGUGCUUGUAGCGCGCCGCGCAUGCGUUACGUCGAGACACAGUGGCUUGUUUUUAAGGAGAAAGUCGCUUUAAGUAGCUGGCUUAACCCGGGCUUGUUCUUCAUCAUAUCGAUGAGAGCUACCAUUUGCGCCAAAUGUAGAGAAAAUGGGGCGUCACAGAUGGCAAGGCUCCAUCAAUGAGGAGCAGCAAAGACUCGAUGUGUUUGUGAGACACUCUCUUCCUGGCUCUGGAGAGACCUGGCGGUGUAAGUUUCACAGAACGGCUUGUCCUGGUUUCGUUUCCGUUUUUUUUCGUGACUAUAAUUUGAAUCGCCUCUUUUUCUCACACCAUUCCCACGUUUCUAGAGGAUCGUCGUCUUUCUCCCAGGCAAAGCCACAGUACAAGCAACCGACUGUGGCUACAUUCUGCUGCCCAGUAGAGUAGGCAAGAGGCCGACUGUUGUUGCUCUACCAAUCUUUUCCGAAGUAUUUCCGCGCAUUAUCCAACUCAGGCUGCCACUCAGGCAGUUGUUUUGCUGUGCGCUGGUCUUCGUAAAUAUCGAGGCACUACGUGGUCUAGUCUUCUACCCGGAUAGCUGGAAAACGGCAGUUACAGCUUAAGCUGUCUCCCGAGGGUCCACGGAGCCCGGCGUGUCGAGACAGUACCCUGCUGAUGGCGAUUGUUAUCGUUCGUUCCUUCUCUACUCGUCGGCUUCACCGGUUUCUUUGUCGAGAUCUCGAAUUUUCCCCCUUUCCAGUAAUAGCUUGCCCCCAUCUCCAACCAUGGACGCCUCAAGAAAAGGAAGGCGGAGGCGACCUUUGUCGCCACUGGACUCUGUUGAUUUCUCUUCUGUGACUUCAUCGGCCUGUGCCUCUUCUGAGCUCCGAUACCCUGCAGUUCCUCGUCCUUCGGAUUUCGCUGCCUUCUCUGGUUUCCCCAAAUCUGACUCGCGGUCUUCCUCUGCAUCGAAUCACACCUCUGCAUCAGUUGAUGCCCGUACCCGUCUCUUGCGUUCCAGUGAUGCCCGACAGUCCCUCCCUGUAUUUUCCUCUGUCGCAUGUUUGGGUCGUCCCAAUUCGGGCGAAGCAAGUGGCAAAGACACACCAGAGCCCGGACCAUCGACGAACGCUGCCUCUGCCUUUCGUCCGCUGACCCCAAACGCUGCCCUUGCCGCCCAGACGGGGACACCCCAGUCCAUCACGAGCGCUCAACGGUCCGCCGUUCUGCGGGGUAGAAUGACACCUGGAGGAAAUGGAGUCGCCGCAAAAAGAAUACAAAUCGUCACAAGCGCCCCGAAGGGAGAACCACAGGUGGCGGCCUCGACGCCGAACCAUGAGCAUGGACGCGCGAAAGGAGAUUCUGCUCUCAUGGAUGUUAUCUAUGGCGGUGGAAGGCGAGGCGUCUUCGCUCCUACCCCCGAGGACUCAUCCGCCUUCUACAUCCAACUCGCUGAUUUGCAGCAGCGCCAAAAACUUGAGGCUUCGAGGGCGCGAGCCAAAAAGAUCUGGUUGGGACCGACCGCGGCAAAGAAGGAAGAUUCUCCGGGCCGCCUGUCGAUCCAGGCAAAAAGACUGAGUAAAGCGGCGCCUGAAGGUGAUCUUCAGACCGUCGGCAAGGCCGCUGUAUACGACCAACGCCAUUCCAGAUUCGGCCCGCAGCAAGAAGCGAGUGAAUCGCCAACCUCACAAUCCGGUAGCGCAGAUGACUUUUCAGCUUUAUCGGGCCAGGCAGAGUCGGAUACGGCGGUGUCUGACGCCGAAAGUCCUAACCCCAUGUCCGACAUGCACUCAUCGUUUCUUCUAGACCAGGUGGAUGAGUCUCUCCUAAGGCGUUCCACGUCGUUUUUGAGGUGCGGAGGCCACGUGAUUCUGCGGUCGCAUGUCGAGGGAAGCACCUUUUCGUCAGGAGCGAAUGCCAGCGGAACGCUUCGAGGUCGCGGUGCCAAAGGGAAAGGAGUGAAACUGUGGGAUCUAGGAACGGUAUUCGGCGUGGAAGGCCGGAGAAAACUGAAAGCUUCUAUGGCAGUGACGCGCGCGAUGCUGGCAGCUGCGAAACCAGAGGGAAGACACAGAUCAGCGCAAGUCAUCGACUCGAACUUUUUAGGUCGCGUCCUUAUUCAAAGCACAGACUCCGACCCCCGCCUCCGCGAUACAGCAGAAGACAGCGGCGAUCGAUUCCAUGACCGUUUCGCUUACAAACCCGAUCCUCGCGCCCACCCGAAUCUCUCCGUGGAUGCCAGACAGGAAGUUGUCCCCGUUGGGUGUCUGCUUUCUGGCAGUCCACAAGAUCUCGAGGGCAAACUCGGAGAUUUGCUGUACUUGUCGGCGAGCACGCCGGCUGCCGUCGUCGAUACACUCCGGGGGCGAUUCUACCAUGACGAGUACUUUACGAAAUGCGGAAACAUGUUGAUUUCUGUGUUUCCUCCGAAAAAUCGAGAACGCAUUUUCGACACGGAGUUCAGCGAGGAAAACCGGUGGCAGUACUACGCCGGAGAGAUUCAAGACCUUCGACCGCAUCCGUUUCUCCUAGCUCGACGAGCACUCGAAAAUGUGUGGCUGAAAAGGCGAAACCAGUUCAUUCUCACUUUCGGGGAACUCGACGCAGCUCAGGAUAACAUCCAGAAGGAACUCUUCCGAUACAUCUAUACCUUCGCUCCUCGCGAUGGAGCAAAAGACCAAGACGGGAAGCGUCCAGAUUCUGCGUACUCGUUGAUGGACGAGCAGAAUCAACGAAAGGAAGUUCUGGACGCAGUGGAUCGCCUUCGCCAGGCGUUUUCCAUCACGACCCAGGAUGGUGGAAUCAGCGAGCGUUGUUUAGAUUUGGUGCGGGCUGAAUUCAAUUCUGACAACUAUCUCAUCGGCAUGUCCUUCGUCCCCAACACAGCUCUCGAAGCAAACGUGGAGUUAAUCUCGUGCGCGGCGCGGCACACGUACUACCCUCUUCCUGUGGCAAACAUCUGCUACGCGGUUCUCUACGGCGUCCACCACCAGCCUGACCACCCGAUUUUAUCCCAGACUCAACUCAAGCCAGUCGACGCUUCCUUUAUCUUGAAGCAGCUGCCGCCUCAGCCUGUUCUCCCUUACGAGGAAGUCCAGUUCGCUGCCUACCUCCAGUUCGUCCAAGAUUUGCAGAAGAUUGGCUUAAACGAAACAGAGAUCACCGAGUUCACGCGCCUAAUUAGUGCGGCUCUCGUCGCCGACUCAAUAGAGCAGGAACGGAAUGAAGACGAGGCGAUCGGGGGCGGUCAGCGUACGUGGAACGAGGAGAAGACAGGGGGAAGAGGCUGUCACCUGCCUCCGGUGAACACGAACCCACUUUUCGCGGGUCGCGAUGGCGUGGAAGUGCUGGAAUCGAUUCUGGGCCUCGUGCCCGAAUCUUUGAGGGAUUUUUACCAGACAGAGCAAAUAUGGCAGAUUCGGACUCUGUCUCUGAAGUUGUUCUCUCGACUUCGAUGGUGGCUUUUAGGCAGAAUCAAUGACGCGCUGAGGUGUCGAGACAUUCAGUUCGGUCGUAGGACAAGCAUCGUCUUGAUGGCCUCGACGGGGCUGGAUUUGCGCCGUCUCCACUCCUCGUGGUCGCUGUUGCAGCUCAUGCGAAACUAUCUAGAUGAAUGCUUUCUGAAUCUCUUCGUUUCCUGGGGCUUCACCAUCGAGGAGGCGUUGUACGCCCGAGAAGGCGUGGAGAGUCCGGACGUGAAAUAUCGAUCUCCGCGAGAAGUGUUGGAAAUAAUCGGUGGGGAGCAAGGCAUUUUUUAUCAGCUGGGGAGGCUCCACCAAGUUUUCGAAGGCGAGUUCGUGACGGCUUCAUCGCUCGCAGCCGGCAAUGCUGCACAGCAGGUGGUAGAAGAUGUUCUGAGACUUUCCCCGUCGCCAGAUGUUUUCUUUACCCUCCCCGGCUACGAAGCGGCGAGAGAGAAGGCCGAGCAGGCGGAGGAGCAGCUUGCGCGAGGUCGAGGAGGAGUGAAAGAUGAGCACCAAGGGCCGGUUUUCAUGCGAAGGAGAGAUCCGGGCGAGGCGGCAGGAGGGAAUUUGAAUCGGCGCAACGUCACAGUUUAUCAGAAGAAGGACUCGAUUCUGGGGCAGUUCGUGGUGCGUCAUUCGACUGGUCAGGCGCGGUAUGAUGCCCGCGACUUCGUCUCCGUCAAUGCGGCGGCUUACACUCUUUCACCAGACUUGUAUAGUGUCCUGUCGAGGACGAAACUGGCGCUCCUCCGACGCAUCAUGGGGGCCGGCAACGAGGCAGAUGAACUGCCUCACACUCUUUUGAGGACAGAUGUGGUUGCCCAGUUCCAGCAACUCAUGAACUCUUUACUUCUUUCGGACUCUCCGGAUCCUCCGGAGUGUCACUUUAUUGCGUCGGUGAAUUCGACGCGGAUCGAGCUUCCGUCGGUGGCGCUGGCGAACAACAACGCGACGGUGACUGAUGACAUGUGGGGGCGAGUGUCCUCAUUCACGCGUUCUCGGACUUUCGAUCCGGCUAAGAAACUUCGAGACGCUUUCGCGCUGCAGAUCUUGGGUAAUCGGGGCGAGAAUGCGGAGACAUCGGACACAAGCGAGAACGACUCGCCGAGGUCGGCGACGUCUGUGUCGCCUCUGCAGGGUCCCAGAAAAAAAAGGGGGAAUCGCGAGGAGCACGUUCAGGUGCCGUCGGCUUCUUCGACAGUUGCGACCUCGACGUCUGACAGAGAUGAGGUGGGAGACGAAGAUCCGAAGCACAAAGGCCGAAAAGGCCCGCCGCUCUACUGGAAACAGAAAGCUGUCCAAGUUCCUGGAUUCAUGGAAAUUUACACUCUCGAGCCGACGACCAGCGAGUUCGACCUCAACCCGAGUAUUCCGUCAGGAAAGAACACCUCCAUCAUGGCGGUACUGAAGGAAGCUGAACAGCGGAAGCCUCGUCGUGCCAGAGAAGAAGAGAAAAGCCCCCUCUUCGAUUACGCCCACGUUUGGGGACAGCUCGCAGAUUUGCAAGUCUUGAAUUACUGUACAUUUCAACACCAAGGAAUGACCGUGCGCCUGACGUUCGCCGAGUUUCUUCGUCUCUAUGCCGUUCUCGUCGUCCCCAUCGUUUACCCACAUAAUUCAGUCGACGACCUUCUCGGUUCACGGAAGCCGAAGGAGGCGGUGAUUUACCUUCUUCAGACAAUCAAAUUUCCUACUUCGGACUACCAGCUUGGCCGCUCCCUUGUCUUCUUCCGGAAGCGCACGUUCCUUGUUCUCGAAAUGCAACGCGCAGCUUAUCUACGGAGAGUGAUGCCGGCAGUGGCGACGCUUUGCCGGGCCUGGCCGACUUUCCGGGCUCGCCUCUUCCGCACGGAAAUGCACUGGCUAGCUGUGCGCGUGCAGAGUCAAGCGCGAAGGAUCGUGUCUUGCAUGCAAAGAAAAGAAAUGCAGAAAGUCAUCAACUUCCUCACUGGCGUCGUCAUCUUCGGCAUGCAUAUCGAUAAAUACCGAGACUCAAAUCUUACACAGGAGCAAAUUCGGAAAAUGGAAACCAAAUCCCGCGACAAGGAAGUCUACUGUUUGAGAUGGGCAGCCACCACCUUCCUUCAGGCGUGGUGGAGGGGCAUCCUCGCGAGGAAGCGCGCGGGUGCCAUGCGACAGGAACUCCUUGUCACUUUUGCAUCACAGAUUAUUAAAAAUACUUGGCGCCGGUACAGGGCCCAGGAAGUGCUGUUGAGCAAAGUCGAAUUAAAUAUUAUCCCUGCCAAGGCGGCCACAAGGAUUCAGGCUCAAGUUCGGAGGUGGAUUUGCCAACGGCGGUACCAACGUAUUCGCGGUCUCGCUCUUGCACUUCUCUCGAUUCGCCGCAAGGGAUCGAAGCUCUACGGUCUACGCGUUCAACUCAAUUACACACCGAUCUACAAGCGUACGACAGUUGUCAGAGACAUGCUCAGCAUGAAAAAUUCAGACGCAGUUGUGAGGAUCCAGAGUAUGCUCCGCAUGGCUUAUGUUCGACGGCAGUAUAUCACGCUGCGCAACGCAGCCAUGUAUUGCCAAGCAGCUGCAUUCACGCGAAUCAGAAGAGCGGAAUUCUUACAGGCCAGAAAAGCGGUCAUCUACAUUCAGCGGUGGUGGCGCACCCGAAAGGCGCUGUUGGAGUUGCCGAUCCAGCACGCCCUCGCUCCUGCGCCCAAACUUCCAAAGGGCAGCUUUUCGUUUUUGGCAAGAAGAGAACGGACUUCCGCCGCUCUUCUUCGCGGACCCUUGUUGGCUUCCCAAGGUUUCUUUGACAGCGUCACACAGCGAUCGGGGAGACAUUUUCUCAGCCUGCUCGAUUUUCAGGCUGUCCAAGAUAUCCGGAACAUUUAUCCGCAAACGUGGGCCGCUCCGCUUCUGCGUCUGCUGGAGCAAAUCCAGGCGGAGUCGACAAAACUCCAGGAAGUCAAGACAGCCGUGGAGAAGGGCGCGGCUUUGAACUUGGAACAGAUCGAGAUUGGCGGACAGCACUCACUCGUGCUUCUGCACCAACGUGUCCGCGUCGACAAACAGGACUUUGGGCAAAAAGUCGCUUCGAGAAGCACCGGGAUGUAUGAGGAAUUUGCGAUUUUCAGACCCACUGUGUACGCAUGGGGCUGGAACGAUCGCGGCCAGCUCGGCACUCUGGACACAAGCAUGGAGACGGAUGGGCUCAUGUGUGUCGGCCCUCUUAGGUUCAUCGACCGGCAAUUUCGCCGGUACAGAGACAAGAAAACAGGUCACCUCCUUCACCUGCUUUCGCAUGAGAUCGACUACUCCUACCAAGUUACUUGGAUCGGCGCCGGUCUCGAUCACUGCAUCGCAUUUGUCGGGGACGGUCUCGUCUUCGCAUGGGGAGAUAAUCGCGUUGGCCAGUGUGGCUUGGGUCACCGAAUCACCACGGUCUUCGAGCCACAACUUAUUCAAUCUCUGAAAGAGCAAAGCUUCAUGGCGGUGAAUGGCAGCGUAGGAUCUCGCCAUACAGCCAUUGUUGCGGCGGACGGCCAGUGUGUCAUUUUCGGCUCUGGAGCGUUUGUUGCGUUGGACACCAUUCCCCCUGAUAGCAAUUUUUAUACGCCCUGUCGACUUCCUCUUCCCGACGAUGCAACUGCAAGAAUGGUCUCCUGUGGAUUUGGCUUCAACAUCGUCAUGUGCAACAGAGAACCCGGCGUGUAUGGAUGGGGGCGAAAUGAUCUGGGACAGCUCGGGUUAGGCACAGAGAAAAAGUCGGUGAGAGAUCUUCCGACUUUCAUUCCUCUUCCGAGGAAACCCAGUGCCCCGUUGGUCGUCGAGAAAGUCGCGACCGGCCCCGACUUCGUCGUGGUCUGCAUCUCCCCAGCGAAAGCCUGCGUGUACACAUGGGGAGUUCAUCUGCUGACAGAUCCUUCUGCGGCUGCGAGCGCGCCAGCCGCUGCAGUCACGGGUCGAGGAGUCAGGGCCGCUAUGAAUCCGUUUCUGAAGAUGCAAGCGGCAAAGACAGCGGCGCCAAAGACUGCAGCGCAGGCGCCGAAACCGCCAUUCAGGCGUUUGACGAAACUUCGGGCUGUUUGUGAACCGACGCUGAUGACGCAUCCUCUCUGGAGAGGCAGAAAGAUUGUGGAUGUAGCGUGUGGUCUUCGGGAGGUCAUGGUCUUGACCGACCUAGGGUUCGUUUUCGGAUUUCAAAGUUCAACCGUCAAGUGGAUCGAACAAGAAAAGCCGCCUGAGCCUGAGCAAACAGCUGCAACGCCGACUUACAGCGCGUUUUUCAAAAAAAAAGAGGUGACGCCCAAGGAACCUGAACCGGCCCCGAAGGCGCGCGUCCCAUCUGCAAGGUUCAAGCCGAUCACGGGAAGGUUUUCGCUGGAGCCAGGACUUUUCAGUUUCCGAUUCUGCAGGCCCUCAAGAGGCAUUGUCAAAGAGCUUCGCAGCUCGUACUGCAGUGUGUCCUGUAGCACCUUCUGGGCGAAUUCCGUGAAACGAACCAGACGGGAAGUCGACGAGGUGAUCGCCGCGACAGAAUCAGAAGUGCUGAAAGAGCAGUUUUCCUGUACAGGGGAUCGUCUCAAAUUUCCUCCCUCAAUCGUGGCGAAGGCUCGAGAGGAACACAAAAAAAUUCAAGAGGAGCAGCUUAUGGCGCAUGGGCAACCCCCGCCACAAAUGAAGGAUUUUUCGCCGUGGCCUCGAGAAAUGGAAUGGAGACAGCCCAUGCCAGACCCACGCUUGGUCGCGCGUAUGAAGGCCGAGUACAGGAAAGAAGCGGUCAAUGGUCCUUCAAAUUUAGGAUCAGAUUCAAGCAAGUAGUUAUGCAAGGCUCCACAUGAGUACUUCUGGUAGAAAUGUAUCUGUGGAGAUACAGGCGCAUUUGUAUCAGUCUGAUAUGAAUACCAAAAUCUGCGAACGUGCGACUACGAAAGUUUUCUUUGGUGUCCGAAAACACUGGAAUAUUCAAGUCUCGAAAUUCUGAAAAGGUGGGGGUCCAUUUUCCGCAAUUCUUACGGCCAUCUGUUUUCUGUGAAAGGUAGGAGGCACUUCAGUUUUUUCCGUUCUUUGAUACCUUUUUAUGGGUAGUGGUUGGCCAGCUUUGAUGGUCGUGAUCGACCAUGAUAUUCCACGUCUUCCCACUGCACAGUGGCGUGUCUAGCGCCAGUUUCUAAAAUGGAGUGAUGCAACGAAGUCCGCCGCGCCCAUACAAACGCGUGUGAGUAUGCACACAAUUUUCUGAAUUUGCGCGUUUCUCUGUAUUCAUGCAUAUCGAUGAGUAUGGUAAUCAGUAUAUACACUGUUGUGUCUCAUUCCUUGUCUCUGUCUCCGCUCUUUUUCUCUGUUCCUCUCGUCGCUUUCACUUCCUCUUUUCUCUCCUGUCCUUCUGUAUAUGGGGAAACUGUAGUUGAGUAAGCAGGGAAAAGCGUGUGAUGGUGUCGGUGAAGGCAGACACGCGUGUUUCGUUGAUUAAACGAAGUUUCUACAACAAAGGAGACGAAACGCUUCCGACAUUCUUUCA